AUGGCAGCUUACUAUACAUAUAAUUUUUUACCACCAAUAUCAUCAGAUUUUGAUUCUCUUUUACAUGACUUUGAACAAGAAUCUAUUUAUGAUUAUCAAACAUUUGCAACUGUAUGGCAAAAACAUAAACUUGAAUUACUUUUUAAAGCUGCAGAUAUACAACCAAAUUCAUUUCGUUUUUUUCUUGAUGAUUCUAUGACAGUAGCUGCUGCUUAUCUCGGUGAAUCAUGGCGGUUACCUAUACAACUUGGUGCACUUUAUUGCUUAUUUACUAUAUAUAUGUAUCAAAUAGAAGAACCAAAAGUUAAAAUUCGUUUGACUAUUGAUACAUGGAAUUCAUUUCUUGAUCAAAUAGAAUCAUCAUCAACAGUACCUUCGGAUGCUAAAAUCAUCUUAUGUAAAUUACUUAAUGAACAUGCUUUUGUUAUGAGUGCAACGAGACAUGAGAUGGGUCCUCGUUUCUUUACAAAAAUGAAUUAUAUGAAAUCCGGUAAAUAUAUGCGUUCAGAUGUUUUACUUUCAUCACGAUUAAAUAUCGAUGAAAAACUUGUCAAAAUGUGUGAAGAAACACAUAAUUUAUAUACAAAAGCAAAAGAUAGUUUAAUUGAAGCAUAUGGUAGUGUAGAUAAUUUACCAAAAGAAUUUACAUCGAUUCGAGCGAAUUUUAUUGAACAAUUGAAACAAGGUCUUGAUAUUGAUAAAACAGAUGAGCAACCAGAAGAAGAACAAGAACAAGAACCAGAACCUGAAACAACAAUACAACGUCGAUCAUCAAUUGGUGAAUCUCGAAGUCGAAUACGAGCAAAAGCUGAAAUGAUUGAUCGACCAACAACUAUCAAAGAUGAAUACGUACUUAAUGAUGAUGAUAUUACUGCUGCUGCUGACGACGACGAGGAUGAUGAUGAUGAUGAAUAUAAUAAGUUUAUGUCUAUGAAUACGACUAAUGUUGUUAAUGAAGUUUCUCAUAAAAAACAGAAAGCAACAAAAUCUAAAACGACAACACGUCGUUCAAGAAAAAAACGAAAUGAAUAA